CACGGCUAUCUAUCGCUGGGGCAGGAGACGUUUCAUCUGGGCGCCUAGCCUUGUUUCACCGUGACGCACCUCGACCUGGCUUCGCUCCGCCAAUCCUUGGUGGCGCACUGCACUUCCCUUCCCUUCUCGCGAGUGCUAGCGUCCGAAGCAAGAAUCCACUUCUGAUUUGCUUCCCGGCUUCUCGCCUUCGCUCUCUGUCCUUGCUGCGGUGCGAACAGGACCCGGAUCGAACGCACUUCGCCGCGCCUAGAGGCGCUUUAUACUCCGGGCCAACCCAGAUCCUGCGUUUUCCCUCC